AUGGAUACUACGAUAUUAAUUUCUAUUGCGGUGGGAAUUGUUACACUUAUUAUUUUUUUGACUAUUUGGUCGACUAGAAGCAAAGGAAAGUCAGUUAAAGAAGAUGAAAACCCAAGACCAAGAGGACAACCAGUAAGAAGAGCUGCUGGAGUGAGAAAUCCACGUCGUAUGCAGCACCGUCGAGAAGAACCAGAACCCAGAGAAGCAGCUGGAGAUGGCGGGUCUGAGGACGAAGGAGACGAAAAAGCUGCGGAGCUGCCUGACGGUAAAAUAGGAGCGAAGAAGCGCGCGAAACUAGAAGCCAAAGCCGAGAAGAAACAAGCUCGCGAAGCUAUGGAGCGCGAAAGAGAAGAGCGGAAAAAACGCGAGCAUAUGCAACAGGAAGAAGCUGAUAAGCAGCGGGAGCGAGAACGAGCCGAGGAGCUGAAGCAGGAGGAGUUGGAGAAGAAAGCUCGCGAAGAAAAAGAAAAAGCCGAGUACGAAGAGUACCUCAAGAUGAAGGAGGCUUUCAGUGUUGAGGAGGAAGGCUUUGAUCAGAAUGACGUUGAUGAGGAAAAUUUACUCGAUGAGUUUAUCAAGUAUAUUCAGUAUAACAAGGUCGUGGUCCUGGAAGACCUAGCUGGACACUUUAAUCUUAAGACUGCCAGUGUCAUUGAGAGGAUCCAGAGUCUUCAGGCCAGUGGAAGACUCACUGGAGUCGUUGAUGACAGAGGAAAAUUCAUUUAUAUUUCUCAGAAAGAAUUAGAAGCGGUUGCUAAGUUUGUCAAGCAGCGCGGACGUGUCAGUAUCGCGGAACUUGCGGAAAAUUCUAAUCGACUAAUUAGCCUCACUCCUGGUAACCAGACUGUCGAAGCUAAUUAA